UCUUUCAUGGAUCAUGGAUAUUUCAUGUCUUUUUUCUAAACUUUCUCCAUUUAAUUAUAAAUUCCUCAAUAUUACGGUACCAAUCUGCUACUCCAUCGUGAUCAAUUGCUUCGAGUUGAUCAGGUACUGAUCAUCAUUUGAGAUCUCAAAGCCAUGGUGGAUAAUAAGCAAUCAGUCACCACAAUGGUGCUGAAGGUGGAUCUUCAGUGUUGGCGAUGCUACAAGAAGGUCAAAAAAAUUCUUUGUAAAUUUCCCCAAAUACAAGACCAGGUAUACGAUGAGAAGCAAAACACAGUGACAAUCAGAGUGGUGUGCUGCAGCCCCGAAAAGAUCAAGCGAAAGAUAAUCUGCAAGGGUGGAGAAUCCAUCAAGAGCAUUGACGUCAAAGUCCCCGAAAAACCCAACCCCAACAAAGAAAAUCCCGACAAGCAGGGAAAAAGUAGUAAACCCCAAGGUGAUGGGAAACCUAAUGCUUCUGAUCUCCCGAAGCCGAAGAAAGAUCAACCCGAUCAGAAGACCCGAUGUCCCCCGGAUUCCAAAGGAAAACCUGAGAACGUGCCGCCUUCAUCGGGGCCGACGCUGGUGCCAGAGUACCAACCGCCGACGUGCUGCAGGGAGUGUUACGAAGGGCGUGGCGGCGGGCCGUGCUUUUACGGUUGUCAAGGACGGGGGCUGCCGCCAUGUUAUCAAUACGACGGUUAUUUGGGAAGGCCGGUUUACGACAGCUACGGCGGAGGAAGAAGCGCUUGCUACCUGAUUUGUGAAGAAGAUUCCGGUCAAGUAUGCCGAAUUAUGUAAAAUGCUACUAGAAUGCCAUGCAGCAGCUAGAAUAUGCAAUGAUCAUCUUCUUUGCGUGGAAAUAAAAACGUAAGCUCGAUAUUAAGGGUCUUUGUUGGGUGCAUCACAUUCUAGUAAUUAUCUUUUGUUUAUUGUUUCUGAAAAUAAAAGGAAUUUUAAAGAUUGUAUUGCAUGCGCACCGUCUUCGGUCUCCACUAUUGGAUUCACUUUCAGAGAAACAAAAAGGGAGUGUUAAUCUAGUUUUUGACAAUCCGUUUAUUGUUUUUAAUAAGUGUGUGUUUGAUGAUUAUGGGGAAAUAAUAAAGACUUGA